CCGCCCUGGCCCCCGAGUUCCGCGCGGGCCGGGCUGGGGCGGGGCGUCGGGCCAGCUGAGCUAUCCGGUCAGACCGCGCCAGUUUGAAUGAAAGCUCCUCAAGAUGGCGGCGGCCGGGGCCGAGGCGCGAGGAGGUAUUUAUGUGGACGCCGAAGAAUUCGGUGCCGAACGUGUGUUUGUGCGCGCGCUGAAGGACGGGAACUUUCGCUGCCUUCUAGAAUUGAAAGCUUGGUGUGUGCCUUGCCUAGUUUCACUUGAUACUCUUCAGGAAUUAUGUAGAAAAGAAAAGCUCACAUGUAAAUCGAUUGGAAUCACCAAAAGGAAUCUAAACAAUUAUGAGGUGGAAUACUUGUGUGACUACAAGGUAGUAAAGGAUAUGGAAUAUUAUCUUGUAAAAUGGAAAGGAUGGCCAGAUUCUACAAAUACUUGGGAACCUUUGCAAAAUCUCAAGUGCCCAUUACUGCUUCAGCAGUUCUCUAAUGACAAGCAUAAUUAUUUAUCUCAGGUAAAGAAAGGCAAAGCAAUAACUCUAAAAGAAAAUCACAGAGCUUUGAAACCUGCCAUUGCUGAAUACAUUGUAGAGAAGGCUAAACAAAGGAUAGCUCUGCAGAGAUGGCAGGACGAACUCAACAGAAGGAAGAAUCACAAAGGAAUGAUUUUUGUUGAAAAUACUGUGGACUUAGAGGGCCCCCCUUCAGACUUCUACUACAUUAAUGAAUACAAACCAGCUCCUGGAAUCAGCUUAGUAAAUGAAGCCACCUUUGGUUGUUCAUGCACAGAUUGCUUCUUUGAGAAAUGUUGUCCUGCUGAAGCUGGAGUUCUUUUGGCUUACAAUAAAAAUCAACAAAUUAAAAUCCCACCUGGCACCCCCAUUUACGAAUGCAACUCAAGGUGUCAGUGUGGACCCGAUUGUCCCAACAGGAUUGUCCAAAAAGGCACACAGUAUUCACUUUGCAUCUUUCGGACCAGCAAUGGCUGCGGCUGGGGCGUAAAGACCCUUGUGAAGAUUAGGAGAAGGAGCUUUGUCAUGGAGUAUGUCGGAGAGGUAAUCACAAGUGAAGAAGCUGAAAGACGGGGGCAGUUAUAUGACAACAAAGGAAUCACGUAUCUCUUUGAUCUGGACUAUGAAUCUGAUGAAUUCACAGUGGAUGCAGCUCGAUACGGAAAUGUGUCUCAUUUUGUGAAUCACAGUUGUGACCCGAAUCUUCAGGUGUUCAACGUUUUCAUUGAUAACCUCGACACCCGUCUUCCCCGAAUAGCAUUAUUUUCCACGAGAACUAUAAAUGCUGGAGAAGAGCUCACUUUUGAUUAUCAAAUGAAAGGUUCUGGAGAUAUAUCUUCAGAUUCUAUUGACCACAGCCCAGCCAAAAAGAGGGCCAGAACUGUGUGCAGAUGUGGAGCUGUGACUUGCAGAGGUUACCUCAACUGAAUUUUCAGGAAAUAGAACUGAUGAUGAUUAUAGUUUUUUUCCUAAUGUUACCAUUUUUUAAAAAUAAGUAUUUGGGACUCUUUUCAUAUUAUCAAGAUUAUACACUAUGUUAAUUUACAAUUCGUGUUUCAAACUAUUGGCCAAAUGCAUUACUGAUGCUUCUGAAGGAGAGGAACACAGGGUCACAUAGACUAAUUUGAAAUAUACAUAUUCAGACUAUUUACAGAUCUGUGUAGAAGUCUGUGUGAAUAGAGAAAUGCCUCCUUCAGUGUUUAAGUGUUAAACUAACGAUGUAACAGUCAACUAAGAUCAAAUAUUCGACUUGCCAUACACCUUGAAUUUUGAGAAAUAGAGUUAAUUCUUAUUGGACAAAUAUACAAGUUCUAUUUUUGUUAUUGUCAUUCCUGUUUACCUACUUACUACUCAUUGUACUUGUAUUUGAGACAAAUAGGUGAUACUGAAUUAUACUCUAUUUUCUACUUUCAUUAAAACAUUGAGAUCUUAAUGAUAUAGAAAUUUAAGGUCUAAAAUUAAAUGUAAAAAAGUUUAAUUACAGCUUGAUUUAAUAUUUUGAAGCAAUCUAGACCACUAGGAGCGGUGGAUGUCUGAACCAGUAAUUCUAAAAGAUUUUUUAAUCCUGUAGAAGAAAAAUAUCCAAAAUGUUCUCCCUAAAAUUCUAGAAUGGCUAGCUGUUAUGCUUCUUUGAAAGAAUGGGGCAGUUGGGACCAGGAGGGUUUUUCUGGAGUGCCAGGCUGGCGGGAUGCAGCACUCUAAGGGCCCUCUUGGUAACAUGAAUUAGGCGAUCCAUGCCGAGAAGCUCUGGUCUCCACAGUGAAAUGAGAUGCCCCUGAGAGCAGCUGUAUGUAACGACAGUGUUCCACACAACAAUUAACAUUACAUCUGAAUUUCAGGUAAUUUUAACAUUUCCUUUCCACCAAAUUUAAUUAUUUUUAUAAUAAAUAAAGGGCCUGCAGGCCCUUCUUAAGAAGUGAUCUAUAUUUUGAACUGAUACUUACUUUAUACGUGAAUUUUUUUAAUGUGAUAAAGCUAAAUUUGGCUCGGCCAAAGUGUGUGUCUGAAUUUUGACCAUUUAUUACUUGAACUAUGAAGACUGAAAUGGAAUAUAUUCAUUGUCUGGGGAUUUUUUUUGUUGUUUUUGUUUUUUCCUACGUAGUGAAACCUCAGUCCAGAAAAACAUUUUCAUCUCUUUCUGAUCCUGGGACCUCUAAUCAUGGUGUCCAGCAUGAAGGCGAAUGCAGCAGAUAAGUCUGAAUCUUGGUAUUCUUAAUCAAGUUCUGCCAGAGCUCCCUGCCCGAGGCUUUAAUGACCUACAGUAGGCUUGGGUAAAACUGAACUGAAUUCAAGAAAGCAGCACUUCACAUUUUAAUCCUUAACCUCUUUUGUGGGAGAAGCUACACUUUGUUAUAUUUGCUAUCACAGGAUUUUGCUCUUUCAUAAUAUAGGGUAAAUUGUUUACAUAUUUGGAGCCUCAGAGUAUAUUCUAUCUGCUCACCAAAAUUUGCCAAAGGUGUCAAGGAAAAAUAUAUAUUUUUAGUGCCACUUUUUUCUUUAUGAAAAAAUAGUCACAUGGUGUCAGUGGUAAAAAAGCGUCACAGGUUUACAGGCCAAACUUGCUUUGAAUUAUAAUUCUCACAGGUUCAAAGAUGUAAUUGUACCAUUCUUUUUAAAAGGUUAGUGUUUUACUGUCUAGUUAUUUGACCUUGUCUACUCUCUGUUAAAGAAAUGUAAAGCUGGAGGACAAAGGGAGAUGACUGUUUUCGGUAAACCUGUUUUGUCUUGUCCUUAUUACUAGAAACGUAAUGAGCCUUUGAAAUUUUUAAAUAAGCUGAACUUAAGCAGUAAAAUGAUAGAAACUAUUUAAAUGAAGCUGUUAGGAGCUUUAACUAUUUUAAGUCAACAUUUAGCUUCUUUAGUUUCCUAAGUUGUCAGAAUUUGUUCUCUCAAUAUAAAGCAAAUAUUCAAGGGUAAUGUUUAGAUCAAGUUUAAAGUGUAAAUUAAUCCACUGUUCAAGUUGUAUUGGUACCAUUGCUUUCGGUAUCUCCAGAAGAGGAUUGUGAUACACAAUUGGUAAUCUCAGGGUUUUUUCCCCACAUAUGCACAAAAUCUAGACUGCACUUAUUUUUCUUAUAGUUCAACAGUUUCUCUUUAGCAAAAUAAACUUAGUUUGGCAUUUGAUUUUCUAUUUAUCAUGGCUUAGCUUUAUUUCUGAAUAUUUUACUGUCAUUUCCAGUAAGGCUACAAAAAGGGCAGAAAAAUAUUGAUGUAUUCCUGACUACCUGUUAUUGAGAUUAACCAAAGGUUUAUAUACCAUUCCUUUAAAUGUUACUUUUAAGAAAGUCUAUUAUUGUCAUGAUUCAUGCAUUUGAAUAUCAAAGUAGAAUUUUAUGCUUAGCAUAAGGUAGAUGGAUACUUUUAAAAAAUUUUUGAGCAUUAUUAUUAGUCACCAGGUACUUAAACAUAUUGUGCUAAGUACUGCCUGGAAGUACAGAGGAAUUUUAGAAUUAGAGCUAAUAAUCUUUGAGCAAGUCUUAAGCCCUUUAUCCGCACUCCUGUGCUUCUCAUGAGUCUGUGAGGCUGGUGCUAUCUUCCUUAUAGCAGCAUGCUGAAGAAACAGGCUUAGACCAGCUAGGGAACAUGAACACCCCCAGGAUCAUAAACUAAACUUGACUACUUUGAAAAUAUUUGACCAACUUCAGGAAGACUGUUUUUAAAAAUCCAUUUCUACUGUUUGUUAGUUUAAACAAACUUCCAAGUCCUGGAUUCCUCUCUAAGGCAAAUGUAGCUAGCCACUGGGUUUCCUUUGUGACGUAUCUUGGUAUUUUGAAACUUGUUUUUCACUUCUUCAUACGUCACAGUUCUUGAAGUAAAAAUCAAGUAGCCACUGUAAUUAACCCUGCCCACUUCUAUGCUCUUUUUGAGAGGCAUUAGUGCAUGGUGGUUAAGAGCAUGGACUUCGGGGCCUGAAGUGCCUUGUUUGAGUCCUGGCUUCACCCCUCACGAACUACACGGACUAACCUCCCUGUGCCUUCACCUCCUCAUCUGUGAAUGGGGAUAGUAAGUGUACCUACCUCAAAGGGUGGCUGCGAGGAGGAAAGAGUGUGUAAGAGGACUAAGCAUUGUCACAGAGUAAGUACCAUAUAUAAGCAUUAGCUGUAAUUACUCUGUACUAUAAACCUGGACUUGAAAACAUUUGGUGGUCAUUACAAGUUUUUUGAUCGAAGUCUGUUCUAGUGCUCUUAGCCCUUAAAUGCGUUCAGCCAGCAUUUAUUAUGCCAGACUUGCCUAUGAAACAACAAUGAAAAUGUGGCAGUAUGGAAUAUUAAAUUCAUGGUGAGAUUAUAAAAUGCUAAGAAUAUAUUCAGAAGAAUGUUUACAGGCAUGUUUUAAACACCCACCUUGGAUCAUAAGCUAUACUAUUAAAAUGGAGUCUUAAAUGUCAGUGAAUAUAUACAAAUGUAUGUAGUAGUAACAUUUGAUUAUGUGAUGUGUAAUUAUGAAGUGUAACUAGUUUUUAGAGCCUAAAAUUAAAAAUGAAGUCUCUGGGUUCCUGUAAUAGGCCUGUUGUAGUUAUGAGUAUUGAACGUUUUGCAGUCCCCACUGGUCCUCUCCAGUGACUUAUAUAUUCACCUUGAAUUUAGGUAAUGGUACUCAUAGGGGAGCUGGGCGAAAUGGAAUAAUAUAUAAUCCUGCCCCAAUCAUACUGAGUCUGUAGAGUGUAUUUCAUCAAAAGCUCAAGGUAGCACCUGAGCUAGAAAAAAAGGGGUCAGUGUUCCCUUUCUUGCUGACACACCCCUGCCCUCAGCUACCUUACUAUGCUCAGACCAGUCUGUGUUGGUGUACAUAUUAAUAAAACUUACUGAUGAGUAAUUUAGGGUAGAGACACUUGCUAUAAAUUGUGAUUCAACAUAUUCCUCAAAGAACAGUCAGAAAGGAGUUGCACCCUUACUCUCAGCCCUGACCCUUAAUAAUCAGGUCGGUUCCUUCCCCUCAUCCCUCUCUGGUGCCAGUUUCUUAGCCGACAUUUGAAGUGUAGUUGUCACUGUCCAGUGUUUCUCCCAUGUAAAUGGACAAGGGCUAAUUUUUCCUUCUGCCAACAUUUGGGAAUGGAAAACUCCCUUCUGGACAAGUGAGAGGGCUAGCUUCCUGGGUCCACUUGACACUGGUUCCCCUGAACACCCAUUUUAUCUUCCUUUCCCGCUGACUCUAAGUCUUGUAACCUUAAUUAGUUUUGUGGCUCCAGUAUUGAUUUUUGGUUUAAUUACAAUGCAGCAUGGUGAUAUUGCAUUUCAUUGUUUAAUUGAUCCGCAAAUUGUUUUUUAGAGACUCUGCUUAAACUUGUUUGAAGUGAAAUCUCUGCUUUUGCUUUCUUAAUCUAUGAAAUAUCAGCAAACGAAAGGGUUUAUGAAUAUUUGCUAAUAACUUUAUUAGAUCCACAUACAUAACUAUGCAAAAACAUAACCUAUCGAUGGACUUUAAGGAAGCUGAAUGCCUUUUAAGUAAGUAUUUUCUUUUAGGUUUCGAUUUUACCACUGUAUUCACACCAACACUCAUAAGCGAUGGAACACCUGAGAUAGGUAAGGGACUGACUUUCUUCUCUCGCCAUCAGUUUAUAGUAAUAGAUCCAAGUUUAUUCUCUAAAUCUGAAGUAUUUUUACAACCCAGGAUGUGGUCUGUCUUGGUGAACGUUGUCCUUUGUAAACUUGAAAAGCGUGUAUUCUGCUGCUGGAUGAAGUGAAGUGUUCUUAGUGUCAGUUAAAUCCAGUUGGUUAACGGUGCUGUUCAGUUCUUCUGUAUCCUUGCUGAUAUUCUGUAGACUAAUUCUGUUGCAGCUGUAAUUGUGCAUUAGUUUGUCUUUCUCCUUUCAGUUGUACGGUACUUUUAGGAUUCUGUCUCAGUGAACUGGAUGUUUUAUCAUUAGUAACAUAGCCACUCCAUCUUUCUUUUAAGUAAGGUUUACAUGGUAAAGGUUUCCAUCCUUUCACUGGUAAACCUACCCAAGUCUUUUGAUGUCAGCUUCCUAUAGACAGUAUAUAGUUGGUUUAUGGUUUUUCCUCUGUUUUGAUGUAAUUAUUGAUAGGUUUGGAUUUAGUUCUCCCAUAUCUUGUUUUCUGUGUUUUCCCUCUAUUUUUUGGUCCUCCGUUUCCCCUUUACUGCCACCUUUUAGGUUAUAGGAACAUUUUUAAGUAUUCCAUUUUAAUUUAUCUAUUAGGAUUUUGACUAUUAUCUCUUGGUAUAGGUUUUUUAGUGGUUGCUCUAGAAUGAAGUGAGCUGUUUCUUUUUUCAACUACUAUCCUUUCCCCUGUUGCCAACUUCUCAUAGAAAUAUUGUAAAUGCUCUCGUGUAGGUAGCUCGGCUUCUGGAGUGGAGGGAAUUUCAAAAUCAGAGGAGCUUUGUGAAUCUGCACUGCUGCUAAGAUUUCGUGGCCUUUUCUCCUGAGGCAUGUGCUUCCCACUGCUCAGAGUAGUUGUCUCUCCAACACUAGAACCUAUACUUACAUCUUUAUCUCUGCUUUUCAAAUCAGAGCAUGUGUCCUUUGGGCAAAGUACAUUUUGUUCCAUCUGAGGGGCAAGAGUAUUGUCUUUGAUUCCUGGCCUGUAGACGCGUCUGCUCGAGGAGGUCAUACCCCCAUUUCUCUCUUGGGAAGAUAACAGAACAGUGUCAGACUGGCUGUCCCAGCCUUGACUUCCUUGUUCUGAUAUGUGUGUUGACUGAGAAGACGUUUGGGAAGAGAUGUGAGUUGAUUCCCCAUCAGAGGAGUCACUGAAAAGCUUCGGAGACUGAGAGCCCGCUGCCUCUGUGGAGGAUGGGAGGUUUUCCAAACAGUCAUCAGUGAGGUCAGCACUUCUUUUAAAGAACACUUCCCACUGUGGUACUUCCCCAUCAGCCCUCUUCUGGAGCUGUGGGACAGGACCCAUGUCUCCUUGAGCUGAAGCUGGGAUUUCUGAUUCUUCACUUUCACUGUUGGAUUCCUCACAAUCUAUAAAGUCUGCCCAAAGAAAAGUUGGCAUACUCUCUGCUCUGAAGCAUCCUGUGCUUUCUCUCUGAUUUUCAGGCUGGUUUUGUGAUAUUGCAGUUGUGGGAAAUACCUCAGGGUGAAGAGUUUGCGGGUUUGGAAUCUUGUGCCUUAAAGGUACUGGCAGAGGAUCAUCAAAGAGAUCACUGUCAUCGUCCUCCUCUGUGGGAUAAACAGAACAGGUGUGUAGGCAACACGAUGCAAAAGGAACCGAUUUGUGCUUCUAAUUAAAAAUCCAAUUUGUAGCUCUUAGCUACAUUUUUUAAUUCAUGGAAUUGCAAUUAAUGGGAGUUCACUCUUCUUCCAAGAGAAGUUAAAAGGCCCUAUAUUCUUGGGCUAUUCUGAACAAUUUAUCUACCAGCCUUCAACUCGUCAUAAAGCCAGGCUGUGCGUUGAGACUAAAGAUCUGUGCUCCCCAAAUAAGGCCACAGAGCCUUAAUCAGUGGUUCUCCUCUGGAGAGCUUUUUAAAUAAAACAGCUUUCUACAUUUCAUUUCACACCUACUGAGUCCCUGAAAGUAGGACUGAAUAAUUUAUUUUUAAAGUUAAGUUCUACAGCUGAUUCUGUACAUCAGCUAGGUUUUCGAACCACCCAGACUAGGAGAGACGUUUGCAAACUCUGUGCUCUGCGGAUAGUAGAUGCUCAAGGAUUUGGCUGAUUGACUUAACAGAGACAAUUUUUUCCUAACAUUUUCCUUCUAUGAACAUUUUCUGAUACCUACUUUAUGCAUGUUAUAGGCUGAAUGUCUGUGUCCUCCCAAAAUUCAUAAUUUGAAUUUCUGACUACAGUGUGAUGGUAUGUGAAGGUGGGGCCUUUAGACGAUAAUUAGCUCAUGGGGGGGGGGGACCCAUGUGAUGGAAUUAGUGUCCCUGUGAGAAGAGGAAGCAGAUUUCUCACUUUCUCCAUGCCCAUGUGCAGAGGAAAGGCCAUGUGAGUGCACAGUGAGAAGGUGGCUGAGAGCCAGGAAGUGGGCCCCUACCAGGAACCACAUCUGCCAGCACCUUGGGCUUGGACAUCCCAGCAGCCGCCAGAACUGUGAGAAGUAGCCACCCAGUCUCUGGUCAUUGUUAUGCAGCCCUAUGCCAAGAGCACAGGCCAUGAGAGACACUGGGGGGACACACAGAUCGAGUCAGCUUUAACCAAGACACUGAAUAAGCCACAUCUAGUGUCAUUUUACUGUCUUAAGCAUGCUGCACUAGCCUGGAGUGAGCCCCGUCCACUUACAUUCUGAAAAUGAGGAAACCUUACGUGGAGGAUGAAAUUUACAUAAAUUAAAAUGACAUGGCAUGGAACUGGGGGGGAGACAGGUAUUUUCCUGUGCUCUAAUGGCACCUAACCUCGAAGAAGGAAAUAAAAUGCUCAUGAGGCUACUUAUUGUAUAGGGCAGCUUAUGUUCUAGUGCAGAACCUCGUGUUAAGAAGCAGGUAAUUAUAAGUUAACUGUUUUCCCACUGAUAAAGGAUGUAGCUUAAAACUGCAUUUUUAAAAGCUGCUUUUAAAGGGAGGAGGAGGAGGGGGAGUAGAAACCGUCAUCCAGCUCCCAUUUUACCAGUGAGGAGGUGGGCCUGGAAGAGAUGUGUGACAAUGCACAGGUCAAGAGACCAAAGUCCAGAGUUCUAUAUUACAACUAUAGUUGUUUAAACAAACAGCUAUUUAUCUUCUUUUCUAAAGGACUUAAGGUGACUAAGAUGUCUACCUUCUAUAUUUGGAGUCACCCUGGUCUCCAAACCAUGGCUUCAUUUUGACCCACGUAUUAAUUUGUUAUAGCUCCUCCACUAAUGUGCCAGUUACCUUUUGUGGAACUUUUUUGUAUCACCUCUAAGUUGGACAGUUUCAUGUUCUGGAUCAGUGACUAUACCAGUAUCAUGGUAUGUUUCAACUGUAAAAAUAAUCUGUCAGAACAUUUUCACAUUAA